GCUGCUGCCUCGCUCCUUCUCUUCAAGCAUCCACCGGUCGACGUGCCUCUGUAUCGCCAUCACACGACACCCUUCGAGCCCCAAUGCGCGACUCGGCGGCAUACCAGACUGUGUUCCAGUCCCCGGUCCCGGUCGACUUGCAUUACCUCGGCGUUUCGACCCGCCCCGGCCAUCGUCAGCCACUAUGCCGCAAUGCUGAAGGAUGGGGGCCCAUCAGUCCUUUUCGCUAUGAUUUUACUCCCUGCUUCCUCGAUGUCUGGAUAGCCUCGGUCGCCGCUUUUGGUCUCAUCUUCGGAGCAGGUGCCAUCUACUAUCUCUUCAAAAAAUGCAGCCCCCAACCUGUCAAGCAAGACUGGCACUUUUACGCAAAGUUGUCCGUUCUCGCCGCCCUCUGCGCCACCACUGUCCUUCAGGCUGUCUUCCAGAUCAUCACCUUCGGCAGCGUCUGGGCUGGUGAUUUCCGUUUCUGGACCACCGUCCUGAACCUCGCCUCCAUCGCCGUCAUUUCCUACAUCCAAUAUGUCGAACAUUGGCGAUCCCGUCAAGCCAAUGGCGUUGUUCUGGUCUUUUGGUUGCUGCUCAUCAUUGCGUACGCCGUCAAAAUGCGUUCCCUUGUCUCGCAACAGCUAUAUCGCACCCAACUACCCUACUUUGUCACCUUCGCCGUUAGCGUUGCCCUGGCCGCUGUCGAGUUCGCUCUGGAAUGGCUGGUGCCCAAACGCCUGAGCGACUAUGACGCACUCGGUGAUGAAGACGAAUGCCCAAUGGAGUACGCCAACAUCUUCUCAAUCUUGACUUUUGCCUGGAUGACUCCAAUGAUGAAAUAUGGUUACAAGAACUUCUUGACUCAGGAUGAGCUAUGGAAUCUUCGCAAGAGAGAUACAACCGCUGCAACAACCCAGGCCUUCAACGAUGCCUGGGAGCAAGAGCUGGAGAAGAAGAAGCCGAAUCUCUGGAUCGCCUUGAUCCGUGCCUUUGGUGCUCCGUACGUCCGUGGUGCCAUGAUCAAGACCAUCUCUGAUGUUUUGGCCUUUGCCCAACCUCAACUCCUGCGUCUCCUGAUCACCUUUGUUGCCUCAUACCAAACCGACUCGCCGCAGCCUCCCAUUCGUGGUGCCGCCAUCGCCUUGUCGAUGUUCGCUGUUUCCGUCUCCCAAACGCUUGCUCUGCAUCAGUACUUCCAGAGGGCCUUCGAAACUGGCAUGCGUAUACGUUCAUCCUUGACUGCUGCCAUCUACCACAAGUCCAUGCGCCUCUCUAAUGAGGGCAGAUCGUCAAAGUCUACUGGCGAUAUUGUCAACUAUAUGGCUGUGGACACCCAGCGUCUUCAGGACCUCGCGCAGUAUGGUAUGCAGUUGUGGUCUGCUCCUUUCCAGAUCACGCUUUGUAUGAUUUCGCUUUACCAGCUCGUAGGCCUGAGUAUGUUUGCUGGUGUUGGUGCUAUGAUUGCGAUGAUUCCUAUCAACGGCGUAAUUGCGCGCAUCUCCAAGAACCUGCAGAAGAAGCAGAUGAAGAACAAGGAUUCGAGAACCCGCCUCAUGACCGAGAUUCUGAGCAACAUGAAAUCCAUCAAGCUCUAUGCAUGGACCACUGCUUUCAUGAACAAGCUCAACUACAUCCGUAAUGACUUGGAACUCAACACACUUCGCAAAAUUGGUGCUUCCAUGGCAUUGGCCAAUUUCACUUGGUCAACAACUCCCUUCUUCGUGUCUUGUUCGACUUUCGCCGUCUUCGUUCUCACUGGUAACCGGGCAUUGACGACGGACAUCGUCUUCCCUGCUUUGACCCUUUUCAACCUUCUUACUUUCCCUCUGGCAAUCUUGCCCAUGGUCAUCACCUCCAUCAUCGAGGCAAGUGUUGCAGUCAACCGUUUGACCGACUUCUUUAUUGCUCCUGAGUUGCAGCGUGAUGCAGUACUCAAGUACGACGCAGUAACUGAGCGUGGCGAAGAAUCAGUCCGUAUCCGUGAUGCCACCUUUACCUGGAACAGUAGCGAUGACCGCAACGCUCUGGAGAACAUCUCUUUCUCAGCCCACAAGGGCGAGCUCUCUUGUGUUGUUGGUCGAGUUGGAGCUGGCAAGUCUUCUUUCCUGCAAACCCUUUUGGGCGACCUCUACAAGAUCAGGGGUGAGGUUGUCCUGCGCGGAAAAGUAGCUUACGUUGCUCAAUCACCUUGGGUCAUGAACGCCAGCGUCAAGGAAAAUAUUGUGUUUGGUUACCGCUGGGAUCCUCACUUCUACGAAAAGACUGUAGCUGCCUGUGCUCUCAAAGAGGAUUUUGCCUCUUUGCCAGAUGGUGACCAAACCGAAGUCGGCGAGCGCGGUAUCUCGCUUUCUGGCGGCCAGAAGGCUCGUUUAACUCUGGCACGCGCUGUUUACGCUAGAGCAGACAUCUAUCUUCUCGAUGAUGUCUUGUCUGCUGUUGAUGCACAUGUCGGAAGACAUUUGAUUGACAACGUCCUGGGCCCCAACGGUCUUCUCAAUGGCAGAACCAGAAUCUUGGCUACUAACUCCCUCCCUGUUUUGAUGGAAGCCAACUACAUUGUGCUUCUGCGUGAAGGUCGCAUUUUGGAACGCGGCACCUACGAACAGCUCAUGGCCAUGAAGGGAGAGAUCUCACAACUUAUCAAGACUGCCAGCAACGAGGAAUCCAACAGCGAAUCCCAAAGUGAUUCACCCGACAGCGACGAUUCGGCGACUGUCUAUGAAACCGAUCCAAACUCUGCACAAAGCGAGCUGGAGAUUACGCAAGCAGAAGAAGGCGAGACUGAACUUGCGCCUAUCAAUACAGGUGGUGGUCGGCCAGUCCGAAGAGCAAGUGGAGUCUCUCUACGUCGCGCGAGUACUGCCAGUUUCGCCGGACCCCGUGGUAAACUUACUGAUGAAGAAGGCGCUGCCGGUCUCAAGAGCAAGCAGAACAAGGAAUUUUCUGAACAGGGCAAAGUCAAAUGGUCCGUCUACACUGAAUACGCCAAGACUAGCAAUCUGGUUGCUGUCGCCAUUUACAUCAUCACCUUGGUUGGGGCCCAAACAGCUCAAAUCGGUGGCAGCGUUUGGCUCAGACACUGGUCCGAGGUAAAUGCCAAGUAUGGCGGUAAUCCUCACGUAGGAAAAUACAUCGGCAUUUAUUUUGCCCUUGGUAUUGGCUCCGCUGCCUUGGUUGUCGUCCAAACGCUCAUUCUAUGGAUCUUCUGCUCGAUUGAGGCUUCGCGUAAGCUUCAUGAACGAAUGGCCUAUGCUAUCUUCAGGUCGCCUAUGACUUUCUUCGAGACCACCCCCGCCGGACGCAUUCUGAACCGCUUUUCAAGUGACAUUUAUCGGAUCGAUGAAGUCUUGGCUCGCACAUUCAACAUGCUCUUUGUCAACUCGGCACGAGCUCUCUUCACCCUGGUUGUUAUUUCCAUGUCAACGCCAGCCUUCAUUGCGCUGAUUGUACCACUGGGUGGUGUCUACCUCUACAUCCAACGGUACUACCUUCGUACAUCGCGCGAACUCAAGCGUCUGGACAGUAUCAGUCGUAGUCCUGUGUACGCCCAUUUCCAGGAGUCCUUGAGUGGUAUCAGCACAAUCCGCGCCUACCAGCAAAGCAAGCGCUUUGCCAUGGAAAGUGAAUGGCGCGUGGAUGCAAAUCUCAGAGCAUACUUCCCUUCCAUCAACGCAAAUCGCUGGUUGGCAGUUCGUCUCGAGUUCAUCGGCUCUAUCAUUAUCCUUGCUGCCGCAGGUCUUGCCAUCAUCUCGGUUUCCAGCGGAAGCCUUUUGUCCGCUGGUUCCGUCGGUCUUGCCAUGUCUUAUGCCUUGCAGAUCACCCAAUCACUGAACUGGAUUGUAAGACAAACCGUGGAGGUAGAAACUAACAUCGUUUCUGUUGAACGUGUCUUGGAAUACGCACGCCUUCCCAGCGAAGCACCCGAAAUCAUUUCAAAGCACAGGCCGCCUGUUAGCUGGCCUUCCAAGGGCGCAGUAUCGUUCAACAAUUACAGCACCAGAUACCGUGAGGGAUUAGACUUGGUCCUCAAGAACGUUGACCUUAGCAUCAAGUCCCACGAAAAGAUUGGUGUUGUAGGUCGGACAGGUGCUGGCAAGAGUUCACUGACUCUUGCUCUGUUCCGUAUCAUUGAGCCCACUGAAGGUGAUAUUAGUAUCGAUGAUCUGAGCACCAGCUCCAUUGGUCUAUUGGACUUGAGAAGAAGACUGGCCAUCAUCCCACAAGAUGCUGCACUGUUCGAGGGAACUAUCCGUGACAAUUUGGACCCCGGUCAUGUUCACGAUGAUACCGAACUCUGGAGCGCCCUGGACCACGCCCGCCUCAGAGAUCACGUGUCGAGUAUGUCUGGAGGGCUUGACGCUCAGAUCCAUGAAGGUGGAUCAAAUCUCAGCCAAGGCCAGCGUCAACUCGUUUCUUUGGCGCGAGCGCUACUUACACCAAGCAACAUCUUGGUGCUUGAUGAAGCAACUGCCGCUGUCGAUGUGGAGACAGAUGCAUUGUUGCAAACCACACUGAGAAGCGCUAUGUUCAAGGAUCGGACGAUCAUUACGAUUGCCCAUCGUAUCAACACAAUCCUCGACAGUGACCGCAUUGUGGUACUUGAUCACGGACGGGUGGCUGAAUUCGACACGCCUUCCGCACUUGUCAAGAAGAAGGGUCUGUUUUACGAGUUGGUGCGCGAGGCUGGCCUACUUGGUAGUGUCGUUGAUGCUGGCAUUGCAGCAGAGUAAAUCAGUUAGUUAGCGAACUUGCAUAGAAAGCGUUGUACACCUGCGACGAUAAUUGCCCAUGCAGACAGAGAAUUGACAGCUGUUAUGUGUCUGUCACGUCAAGUGUCCGGCGCCAGGCCCCACAUCA